GAAUUCAAAACCCCAAACUCAGACGAUUCUGAAGGGAGAGGGAAUCACUAUCAUUCACUGCAAAUUUUCUUCAUUUUCACAUUCCACAUUCCACAUUGCACCUUCAAAAUCGUAGAAAUGUCUUCAGAAGAAUUGAAACUGGUGAAAAAACAAGAGAACGACAACAACAACAGUUCUGGUCCCAAAAAGGUCGCAACCUCCAACGCUAAACCUCAAUCAAACAAAGUUCCGAAAGUCAAGAAAGAAGUCAAAGAAGAAUCAGAACCCAUUCCUCAUUCUACGUCAGCUUCUCGCUCCAAAGUUAAAAAGCAACUCAAUGACGACUAUGACGAAGACGAUGAUGAUAAACCUAUCGCCAAAAAAAUCUCCAGCACCAAGGUGGUGAAGGAAGUGAAGAAAAAGAAGAAGGUAAAGAAGGAGGAAGAAGAGGUUGUUACAGAGCAGAAGAAAAAGAAGAAAGAAAAGAAGGUUUAUGAUUUACCUGGACAGAAACGAGAUCCACCCGAAGAGAGAGACCCUCUCAGGGUUUUCUACGAGACUUUGUAUGAGCAAAUUCCCACUAGUGAAAUGUCACAAAUCUGGUUGAUGGAAACGGGCUUGCUUCCUAAAGAGGUCGCGGUGAUAGUACAUGAGAAGAAGCAAAAGAAAACUCUACAGCAGAAAAUCACUUCUCCUGUUAAGGCUGUAUCUGCUGUGAAGAGCAGCACUAAAUCUGUUACGGUUAAGAAAAAAGUCUCAACUACGCCUAAGUCUUCUGUUAAAAAGACAACACCAAACUCUGCAUCAAAGCAGUCCAACAAGCAGAAACCUGAGAGUGUAAGCUCUGACGAUGACUCUGAUUUUACCAUUAGUUCAGCAAUGGCAAAGAGGAGAAAAGUGACUUAAUUAUCACAAUUUUUUUGUGUUUUUUUCUCUCAUGGCAUUUGUUGCUGCGGACACAACUUGUAAGAGGAACAUGAUAACAUAUCAACAUGAAUUAUGGUAUAAAACUUUCAAAGAGAUUUCAUGUUGACAGUGUGUUUAGUUUUUUAGCUGUGUGCUUUGUGCACUAUAUAGUCAGCCGUAGACCUCUAAUAUUUAAAGAUGUUAAUCAUUUUAAAUUGUAUCUGGUACUUAAAAAAGAUUAAUCUGUGAUUCUAAACUGAAGUUGGGAUUUUACAUUCUUA